AUUAGUAUUAUAAAGCUAUACCCUUCCCACUACUCUCAAUCAUUUCAAACCAGUUCCCUCUCUUUAUAGUCUCAGCACUUCCAUCCCUUUGGUUUAUUGAUCUCUCCCAAUAAGUAACUUCUGAACCUAGUAACAUAAACCCCAUAGCAGAAGCAUUGAGGUUCGAAACCAUGUCUAUUACAGGAGUUUCAGACCCUGAUAUAAUGUUCAAGAAGUCAUUCCAUCGCAGGAAUGAUUCUGGUGAGCUUGAUGUGUUCGAGGCUGCCAGGUAUUUCUCAGGGUACAAUGAAGCGGCUAGCUAUAAUUGUGCAACAUUCACUCAGAAGAUCAUGCGGGAAGAGAGGCAGCCCUGGAGAGGAGGCAGGAUCAGCUUGGAUGUACCGAUAAGAAACUCUCUUCCUCAACAAACUCAUGUGGUGGAAAAACAAAUUAAGGAGAAGAAAUACAAGCAACCAAGCUCUCCAGGUGGUAGACUUGCUAGCUUCUUGAACUCUCUUUUCAAUCAAACAGGUUCUAAAAAGAAGAAAUCAAAAUCUACCACACAGUCCAUGAAAGAUGAAGAAGAGAGCCCUGGUGGGAGAAGGAAAAGGAGAAGCAGCAUUAGCCAUUUUCGUAGCUCUAGUACAGCUGACACAAAGUCCUUUUAUUCUUCUUCAAGUUCUGGUUUCAGGACACCACCCCCUUAUGCACACACGCCUACAAAAAGCUACAAAGAUUUUAGAAGCUAUUCAGAUCACAAGCAGGUGGUACCACUGUCAAAGAACAAUAUUGGACAAACAAAACCCACGGCUUUACAAACUGAUCACUUGGAUGACAAAAGGAAUACAACAGACUAUUCUUGGUUGGAUGAGAAAUUCAAGUUCAAUGAUGGCUACUCAGAAAAACACAAGAAUCUCGGUACCCAUUACCAUCAGGAGAAGGAUAGGAAUUGGGCUGAUCGAUAUCCAUCAGAGGAGAAAGAAUUCAGGAAGUUCAGUGAGGUUGAUGAUGGUGCAGAUAGUGAUUCAAGCUCUGAUCUGUUCGAGUUGCAAAACUAUGACUUAGGCAUCUACUCAAGUGGUUUGCCUGUGUAUGAAACUACAAAUAUGGACAGCAUCAAGAGGGGAGCACCAAUAUCCAAUGGUGCCCUAUAAGACUAUACAUUUUCAACCUUGUUAAUGGGUUCAUUUGUUUUCAUUGCCAUUGGAGGCUGUGAUAAGAAAAUUGAUGUCCUAGAUUUUGCUUUCUUUUUUCCUUAUUGAAUGCCUUUUUCUCUGUAUGUACAGUAUGGAAUGUUUGU